CAUGAUUUCGUUUGAUUAUAUAAACCGCUCGCAACCGUCUCUCUCCUCAUCGAAUUUUCUCUCUCUAAAACCAUUUCCUCUCCCCCGUUUCUAAUCGAUUCCGUUCUUCCAAUAAUGUCUUCCGCCGCCGAUCCCGUUGUCUCAUCCGACGCUCCCGCUGCCGCAGAUGCAGCGGUGGCCCAGCCAGCUGAGAACGAUUCGAAGUCCAAGAAAGCUGCGGCAUCCAAAGCAUCGAAGGCCAAGAAACCAUCUGGUGCGAAGAAGGCUAGAUCUUCUCCGACUCACCCUCCGUUCCUUCAGAUGAUUAGCGAAGCGAUCGUUUCUCUGAAGGAGAGAACCGGCUCGAGUCAGUACGCCAUUACGAAGUUCACCGAAGAGAAACACAAACAAUUGCCUUCCAAUUUCAGGAAGCUUUUGCUCGUUCAUCUCAAGAAACUAGUCGCCGCUGAUAAACUCGUUAAGGUAAAGAACUCCUAUAAGCUUCCAUCGGCUCGUUCUAUUCAAGCGAAAGCCGCAGCAGCAGCACCAGUCGCCACCAAGAAGCCUGUAAGCUCAAAGCUCAAAGCAGUAGCAAGCAUCAAGAAACCCGCCGUUGCCAAACCGAAAGCCAAAACUGCUGCAAAAUCGAAGCCGAAAGCUGUAGCGAAGCCGAAGCCGAAGACAGUCACUAAAUCCAAGACCGUCGCAAAACCAAAAACCGCCGCCAAGACGAAGGCAGCUGAGAAGGUUAAGAAGGUUGCUCCGAAACCUAAAGCGGGAGCCAAGGCUACGAAAGUAGCGAAAACACUGUCGCGAACGUCGCCAGGAAAGAGAGCUGCACCGGCGGCAAAAGCGAAGAAGGUAGCAGCGAAGAAGCCAAAGACGGUAAAGUCGCCGGCGAGGAAAGUCCAGGCAAGGAAAGUCAAGAAAUGAAUUAUGUGCUUAGGGGUUUUUGAUUAAUUUCUAGGGUUUUCUUUUUCUCUGGUACUUAUCAAUAGUACGUAGCAAUGUAAAUUAGGGGAUAUGAUAUGAGAUGCAACCGUUCGUUGUUAUACAAUAUUUUUAUCAAAUGUUAGUUUGGUAAAUUCAAUGGUCUUUUUCUUUGAAUGAAAUGAGUGAUCAUCUCUUUGUUUC